AUGGAUCAAAUUAAAGUCAUCGAUAAUAUUCAAGAAGCAGACGUUGAUUCUAUUUCAAGUUCAGCAGAGACGGUUUCAAAUUCGGCCACAAAGAAAAAGUUCGGGGAAAGUGAUCUCACUUUGACAAAGAACGAUGAGCGAACGAUAAAGCGAACGGAAUUAAUACAAAAUGCUGCGAAUGGGUCAAGUUCUAUCAAAAACCCUGUUUAUCUUGAAUGGCAUGGUGUAAAUUUUAAUAUACCAAAACAAAACAACGAAAAUAAAAAAUUUUGGUCUCUCGGUUCGGAAAAUGAAAAAUCCGAUAUAGAAUUUGGUAAUAAUUUUCAAUCGAUUAUAGAGAACAUUCACGGAUGUGCCAAUCCAGGAGAAAUUCUCGCGGUCAUGGGGCCUUCUGGUUGUGGAAAAACCACUUUAUUAAAUCUUCUUGGCGAUCGAGUGGGAAGCAAAGGAGUUCAGGGAACGAUAAAGAUGAAUGGUCACAAACCAACAAAGAAUUCAAAAAGAUUUGUCGCUUACUGUACUCAAGAUGACAUCUUUUUCCCCGAGUUGACCGUAAGAGAUACCCUUGGUUACACUGCUCGAUUACGCCUUCCACGUUUAAUGUCACGACAAGAUAAAUUAAAACAAGUCGAAAAUGCCAUGCAAUUAUUGCAUUUGACAAAGGUUGCUGAUUCAAAGAUAGGAGAUCACAGAGUUCGUGGCAUCUCAGGAGGAGAGAGAAAGCGAGUUAGCAUUGCAUCUGAAUUAUUAACGGAUCCAAGUGUAAUUUUCCUUGAUGAACCAACUUCCGAACUCGCCGUAAAGCAAAGAAAGACAAUUGUUAUGGUUAUUCAUCAGCCUUCAUCUCAAGUAUUUGACACUUUUGAUAAAUUAAUGUUAAUGGCCGAUGGACAUAUGGUUUACUUUGGAGAAAGAGCUGGUAUUGUGAAUUAUCUUGCUAAUCAAGGUUUCAAAUGCCAUCCCAACUUCAAUCCUGCCGAUUAUAUACUGGAACUUUUGAACAAUAAUGAAAUCAAGAAGAAACUAAUUAAUGCAUACGCAGUCCAAGUUAGAGAUGAACCAACAGGAAAGCAAAUAGUCGAAAAAUAUUCUCAUAGGACAAAUAAUGAUGAUAAAUCAAAAGAUGAUAAUAUAAUAAAUGCUCCAGUCAAAAGUGAACAUCGUUGGGAGGCUACAUUCAUGCAACAACUUUCAAUUCUAACCGAAAGAAACUUCAAACAAAGGAAAGAAGAACAUAUAACUGAUCGUGUUGGGAGUAUCUUCUUCAAUAAUGUAUUUUGGUCAUUUCAUCCAUUAAUUUCAGCUAUAUCUGCUUUUGCAUUAGAUUUAGAUAUGUUGUCAAAAGAACGUCAAUCACGUUCUUAUCGUUUAUUAUCGUACUUUUUAUCAAAACAAAUAGCAGAAUUGCCUUUAACUUUAGCUCAUCCUGUAGUGUUUACCAUUAUAGUUUAUUGGGUUUCAGGUUUAUUACCAGAUUUUGGUAUAUUCGUAGCUUAUUUAUUUGUAAUUUUACUUUCCACGUUAACGGCUCAAAGUUUUGGAUAUUUCUUUGGAGCCACUUUGUUAAAUGUACAAAAAAGCAUGAUCAUUAGUACAGUAUUUAUGCUUUCAACCAUGUUAUUAGGUGGAUUUUACGUGAAAAAUUUACCAGUUGCGUUGGAUUGGCUAAAAUACCUUUCAUUCUCAAAAUAUGCGUAUGGUUUGCUUAUGCAAAUUCAAUUUAAUUCACCAAAAGCGAAAUUUGAAUGUGCUUUAUCGUCAUCGAUACAAACAAGUUUAUGUAAAUCCGAAAAUUUGCAAACCGAUUAUAUUCCCGGUAGGCUGAUAUUGGAGAGUGAAAAAUUAAAUGACCUACCUUGGUUUGUUAAUUUAAUAUUAUUAUUCGGAUUUGGUUUAGUUAUGCGAGUUUUAGCAUAUUAUUCUUUACAAAGGAAUACUAAAAGAAGAAAGCGAUAA